GAAUUUGGAAGUUGUUUAAUUAUUAGAGAAAUGCCUUUUAUGCAGUCUUGCAUCAGAAUGUUUAGUAAUCGUAAUCGAAAUAGAUUGGAUAAAGGCCGGUUUAUUAUUUGUUGUCACGAUCCACAACCACUUUUUUACAAGAGAAGCAUCCUUCUCUUCAUAAACUUCAAAUAUAGAAACACGUGCGGAUACUCCACACAUGCGCAAUUUCGCUCCUUCCGUCAAAUAUCUUCUCGAGACAAAUAUCCUUCAUAAACUCAAUCGAACGAACCGCGCGAUGGACGUCCCGUAUCGCAGUGCCAUUAACGACCCGCACCAGUGCCGUCUGUGUCUUCGGGUUUGCGACGACACCUUUCUGGAGAGCAUCUUCUCCGGUCAGGAGUACAGCAUCGCGCAUCAGAUCUUCGAGUGCACCUCGAUACGCGUUACCCAGCAGGACAAUCUGACCAAGAUCUGCCGGAACUGUGCGACGCUGCUGUUCAUCACCACUGAGUUCCGGAACGCGUGCUUCAAGACCAACCGGCUGCUGAUGGAGGACUUUGUCAUCCUGGAGGUGGGCGAGUGGGUGGACGAAACGAACCGAACGGCACUGCGAAGCUGCUCGGAGUUGAUUGUGAAGCAUAAGCAGCAGGUGGACUAUCUGUACGAUAGCAUAGUGCCGGAUUCGGAGUCGUACCUGGCGGGGUCGUUGGAUAUCGAACGUGAGCUGUUCAACGCGGGUGAGAGUAAAGAGCUGAAAGACAAGGAAAGCGGAGUGGACUUAAGGGAGGUGGAACCGGAAGAACCUGAUCCGGAGAUCAUUCAAGAGAUUACAAAGUUCUUGGAGGGUCAGCAAAUGACCACAGAAAGAGGAAGGUGCCAAGUUUGUUCGUUGGAUGUGGGGCGAAAAGUUCCAGACGAUUUAUUGUUUACCGUUGCGAAGUAUUUUAAAAGUAUAGAUGUGCAAAGCCUCUGGAUCUGUGAUGUAUGUCGGCAGUGCUUAGAAAUUGUUUCACUGUGGCACGAAUCCUUUCGAAACACCAAAGACAAGGCUAUUGAAAAAGCAGCCAACAAGUUACGAAACAUCGCGGAGACCCAAAGGCAUUUACUGAAGCAGUUUGGUGAGCUCGAAGCUCAGCUGAACACGGAUACAGAGAAGCCUCAAAGGACGAAACAUCCAGAUGAUGAAUCUAAAAAAAGGAGAAAAGUGAAAUGUAGCCUCUGUGAUAAGCAGUUCGACAGUUGGAAGAUGAAAGCGCAUAUGAACGAGCAUGAGAAUAAGAAACCCUACCGGUGUGAUCGUCCCGCUUGCAGUAGUGCAUUUUCCGGUGUUGAUCUGCUGAACCGACACAAAAAGCUGUGGCACUCGGACUACUUCUAUAAAAGCUGUUCCCAAUGCGGUAAGAAGUGCAAAACCCAAGGCAUCUACAAAACGCAUAUCUCCUACCACGAGGAACCGAAGCUGCCCUGCGAGGUGUGCGGCAAACUGAUGCGGAACAAACGGAGUAUGUGGAAGCACAUGAAGUCGCAUCAAAUGCCAGAGGAUCGUGAGCACGUGUGCGACAUAUGCAACAAGCGGUUUGCCAUGGCUUACACACUGCGUGUCCAUCGGCGAAUUCACACCAACGAGAAACCAUUUUCCUGCGAUCACUGUGGAAAGCAAUUUCAGUAUAACUGUUUGCUGAAGAACCAUGUCGAGAGGUACCAUUCGUAGAGCUCCCGCAUUUUUUUGUGAUAGAACGCAUUUUUUUGGAAAUUCGAUUUGUAUAAAAAAUAUAAAAUGAAUAAUUGUAAGUGUCAGACCAUACUUUG